GCACCAUUUUCUUUUUUCUUUUCACUUUUGUCUGAACAAGCAUGAGCAUCUCUGCAUCUUUGUCUCUUUCUUUGUCUCCCUUGAAAACAGAGUGUUAACGAGAGAGAGAGAGAGAGAGAGAGAGAGAGAAUAUUUCAUCUCUUCUGAGAUUCUCUCAUACUCGCAGCUGCAAACGCCAUCUCGAGCUCAAACAAACCCCAAAAAUGGCGACGACACGCAGACUCUUUGCCCUUCUUGUUCUUCUCGUUUCUUCGGUUUUCUCCGAUGCAAACCCUAACCGGGCUGUGCCAGAACCCGAGGGCGAGUUACGGGCUUUAAUGAACGUAAAAGCAGAGCUUGACCCAGAAGAGAAGCACCUCGCUUCAUGGUCCGUCAAUGGAGAUUUCUGCAAGAGCUUCGAAGGCGUUGGAUGCGACGAGAACGGACACGUUUCCAACAUAUCUCUACAAGGGAAAGGGUUGUCCGGUAAAAUCUCGCCCACCAUUGGAGAGCUCAAGCACUUGACAGGUCUGUUCUUACACUACAAUGCUCUGGUCGGAGAGAUCCCCAGAGAGAUGGGGAACUUGUCGAAGCUAACAGAUCUUUAUCUGAAUGUUAAUAAUCUCUCCGGGGAGAUCCCUCCUGAGAUUGGGAAGAUUGAGAGCUUGCAAGUUUUGCAGCUCUGCUAUAACCAUUUGACUGGAAGCAUACCGACCGAGCUUGGUUCACUGAAGAAUCUCAGUGUUCUUGCUCUUCAGUCGAACAAACUAACCGGUGCUAUACCCGCGAGUUUAGGCGAAAUAAACACCCUCGAGAGGCUAGAUUUGAGCUUCAAUCGCUUGUUCGGUUCGAUACCUUCCAAAUUGGCCGACCCUGCUCUCCUCCGUGUUCUUGAUAUCCAGAACAAUUCGCUUUCUGGCAAUGUACCUCCCUCUCUGAAGAGAUUGAAUGAAGGGUUUGCUUUUGAGAACAACUUGGGACUAUGCGGAGAGCAGUUCUCUCCCUUGAAGUCUUGCAAUGACACUGUUCAGGCUGAAUCAGGCAAGCCCAAGCCGUACAGUGCAUCCGUGACUGGUCUUCCGGCCCGAGACAUAUCCGAAUCUGCUAAUCUCCGGUUGCCUUGUAACGCUAGUAACUGUACCGACCCUCCAAGAUCUCACCAGGGAGCUGUCCUUGUUGGUCUGGUCGUGAUGACAAUCUUGCUGUCCGCUAUCGGUGUCCUCUUGUUCACGCAAUACCGCCGACGCAAACAGAGGCUUUCGACCCCAUGUGAGAUAUCCGAUACCACUGACCAAUUCGCUAAGGGAAACAGAGAAUUCAGGAAGAACAAUGGAUCUCCUCUGAUCAGCCUUGAGUACACCAAUGGUUGGGACCCGCUGUCGGACAACAAGAACCUUAAUGUCUUUGCUCAAGAGGUUAUCCAAAGCUUUCGGUUUAACCUGGAAGAGGUUGAGACCGCUACUCAGUAUUUCUCGGAAGUGAACUUGCUCGGGAGAAGCAAUUUCUCCACGACCUACAAGGGAAUCUUGAGAGAUGGAUCGGUAGUGGCUAUCAAGAGCUUCAGUAAAACGGCCUGCAAAGCAGAAGAACCCGAGUUCUUGAAGGGACUCAACAUGUUGGCGUCGUUGAAACACGAGAACUUGGCUAGACUCCGAGGGUUCUGCUGUUCCAGAGGCCGAGGCGAGUGCUUUCUCAUUUACGAUUUCGCCCCUAAUGGAAGUGUACUGAACUAUCUCGACCUCAAGAAUGGCGAUCCUCAUGUUCUUGAUUGGUCCACUAGGGUUUCCAUCGCCAAGGGCAUCGCAAAGGGUAUUGGUUAUCUGCAUUCAUACAAAGCGAACAAACCGGCAUUGGUUCACCAGAACAUAUCGGCGGAGAAAGUCCUCAUCGAUCAGCGGUACAACCCGCUGCUCUCAAACUCCGGCCUCCACACCCUUCUGAGUAACGAUAUCAUCUUCUCAGCCCUCAAAGACAGCGCUGCCAUGGGAUACCUCGCCCCGGAAUACACCCUCACAGGCCGUUUCACAGAGAAAUCCGACGUCUACGCCUUUGGAGUCCUCGUCUUCCAGAUACUCUCGGGGAAACUGAAGGUUUCGAACCUUGUGAGACUCGGGACUGAAGCCUGCAGGUUCCAGGACUACAUUGAUCCGAACCUCAACGGCAGAUUCUUUGAGUACGAAGCUACUAAGCUUGCGAGAAUCGCUUGGCUCUGCACCCACGAAUCCGCCAUUGAAAGGCCAUCCAUGGAUGCCGUGGUUCACGAGCUCGGAAACUGUAGCAGCUGUCUCUAAUGACUCUUCAUGUGAAUUGUGCCUUGGGACUCAAGCAAGGUUUUUUUUUUAAAUUUUCCAUUUGAAAAAAUGUAGCCACCUUCUUUGUGUUUUGGGUUGUUGUGUCGGUUUUAGGGUUUAGGUUAGAAGGUUUUAAUCCAUGUAAAACUGUUGAAUGUGUUGUAGUAGUAUUGAUUAGACGUUAUAUUCUCGGUA